AUGCCCUCUAAACCGGACGUUGUCGUUCUUACGGCGACAAAGUCACCAGACAGCAACCAAACGGGUCCCUUGGAGGCUGAGGACUCCUUACCAACCUACGACAACGUGACAUCGAGCUUGAUACGCAUAUUGAAAACAGCUAGCCCAGGACAUCGUGUAUACAUUCACUACUCUGGUCACGGUAGCCGGAGAAAGGAAGACAAUGCCUUGGCUCUGGAGCUGCUCGACCCUAAAACAUUCCAAACACGAUAUCUCUAUGGGACAGUGCUGCGCAGUGCCAUCAAUAAAAUGAUCGACAGAGGCCUAGACGUGACACUAGUGCUUGACUGCUGUUUCUCCGGUAGCGCUCUACGUGCAGAUUGCGUGGAUACCUCGACCAUCCGUUAUUUCGAGCAUGAUCCAAGUCUUGAUAUGCUGCCAGACGUAUCUGACCCUUUCGAUAUCACCAUUACCCAAGAUGUCCCACGAGGUGCAGACAUCAAUUUCGCCCGGCUUCUAAACCCUCAAGGGUAUACUAUUCUUGCCGCGGCGGGCCCAGAUCAGGUCACUUCAGAACUGGACUUUGAAGGUGGCGGCCGCCGGGGAGCUCUUAGCUAUUUCUUAGUAAACUCUCUUAUUCAUCUUCAAACCCAAUUCCAUGCUCACGUGCCGGAACAGACACCGAUGCUCUAUGGAAAUUGUGGAUUUUCAUUCUUCGGUGACUUUACAAAAAGUCCAGAUAUGCCUCCCAUAGUUCAUCUACACCGGAGCAACAACGAUGGCCAUCUUGUUCUCCACGCUGGUCAGGCACAUGGAGUACAUCUUGGGGAUACAUAUGCGUUGAUACUACUCCAGGAUCGCAUUGAGGGCACUAUAUCUGCGGUCGGUAGUAUCGAGUCCCGACUGGUAAUAAGUCCGAAAGACAUACAUCAAAUCCGUAGAGGCUCAGCUUGGAAGGCGGUCCUGGUCACAUCUCUCUCCUCACGAAAGACACGGUUCCACCUCGACUCCAGCAUAGCGAGUAGAGAAACUCUCGUGGCGGAGUCCAAAACAUACCCGUUCCUCAUUCUCUGCGAUACGACGGAGGAAGACUAUCCACUGUAUCUUUCUAUUUUUAUUUUAACGGAGCAGUGGGAAGUACGUAAUCUCGUCUCAGAAAAAGGCGAGGAUACGUCUUUGGUUGUGUGCCCCAAGGGCGAGUCGGAAAGCGGAAGACUACCUCUCCCAGUAACCAUGUGGAUCCCGCCAGAACUCUCAGCAAAUGGAAAACGUCAGACGGAAGGCGUCAUCAAGCUUUUUGUUACCAAGAGACCAACCACAUUCCCGGGGUACUUACUACAUCAGCUUGGCCAAGAUCCUGGCAUGCGUAGCUCCUCGGGUCCCAUUCAGAAGCUGAUUCAUGAGCUUGACGGCGGCCUGAGAGGCGAAGACAAUGUUGGCUGCGAUUGGGUGACCCGUAGCUAUCUUGUAAGAACAUGCUUAUAG